AUGUACGGCUGGAAGAGCCAGCCCGGCUUCAUCAGCUUCGACCGCAAGCAGGGUGGUGGCGCAGCCGCCUGGACCUGCACCCUCUGCGGCACCGUCAACCUCAAGGCUGACUUUGACGUCGUCUGUAAAAAGUGCAAGGCGCCGCAGCAGAUGGGCGAGGAGAUGGAGGUGGCGCCCCACACCAUCGUGACCCAGACGCCGUACGAGGCCGACGCUGCGCCGAAAGCGAGCUUUGCGCCGGGCAGCAAAGGGCUCAUGCAGCCGGACGGCGCGAUGCUCUUCAAGACGCGGCUGUGCACAAACUUUCAGGCGAGCGGGCAGUGCCCAUUCGCCGAGAAGUGCCAUUUCGCGCACGGCGAGGAGGAGCUGCGCGACAAGCGCACGGGCCUCCAGCGCAACGCCGCGAUGCAGGCCGGCCACAACAUCCAGGGCAUGGCGGCGCACGGCGCCGCCGCCGGCCUCGCGGCGCUCGCAGCGGCGCAGGUGGGUCUGCGAAUCGGGCAGUCGGCGGCGGCCGACAUGGCGACGCCGUGGACGAGGUCGGGGCAGCCGCUUCUCCCGGGCGCCGCCGCGGGCCUCCUCUCGCCGCCGGGUGCCCCGGGCUCGCUCGCGCCUCCGCCUCCGCCCGGCCUGCCUCCCGGCUGGGGAGGGAUGGCUCCUCCUCCUCCGCCGCCGCCGCCGCCGCCGCCGCCGCCGCCGCCGCCCUUCCCACCUCCGCCGCCGCCGGGCGCGCCGCCGCCCGCGGUGCUGGCUGCGGUCGCCAAAGCCCGCGCAGAGGCCAGCGGCGGCGGCGACGACGAGAGGCGGCGCGAAAAGGCGGCGAAGAAGGCGGCCAAGGCGGAGCGGCGGGAGCGUCGGCGUCGGCGGGACAGCUCGAGCGGAAACGAGGCGGAGGAGGAGCGCAAGGGGCGCAAGGGGCGCAAGGAGCGCAGCAGGGAGGGCUUGACCAAGGUCGGGCGCGGGCACAGCUUCCCGCUUCAGCUGCCUGCCGCGGGCAAGGAGAUGGGCACCGUCAAGAUCUUUGUUCUGGACAAGGGGUACGGGUUCAUCCUCCCCGACUCGGGCGGGGGGGACGUGUACUGCCACGCCGAGAACCUGCUCGACGGCACUGCGAUGCUCGAGGGGGCACGCGUCUGCUACACGCCCGCCGUCGACCACGAGCGGGGAGGGAAGCGGGUCACCGGAGGGUACAUCGACCCGCGCCGCCCGCCGCCGCCCGCGAGCGUCGUCGCCUACCUUACAAGUGGCGCGGGGCGCAAUGGCGCGGCGGGCGGCGCGGGAGCUGCUGCUUCGGCGCUGCCGGGAUCCGUCGCCUCCGCUCUCGCCGCCGCGGCCGUCGCCUCCACGACAGGAAUGCCGCCGCCGCUGCCGCCGCCGCCGCCGCCGCCGCCGCCGCCGCCGCCGCCGCCGCUCUCGCUCGUCUCGCUGAUGGGGACGGAGGCGCAGGUGCGGCACGCGCGCGCAGAGGUGCAGGACGCCGCCGAGCUCAAGGCGAGGAGCGGUCGCGCGGCGCGGUUCGCGUCCGAGGCGGGCAAGGGCGCAAAGGCCGAGCUGCGGCAGGGGGCGUCGGCGCUCGAGCUUGGCGCGGUGGUGGCUGGCGCGGUGGAGGGGCAGUCGACGGCGCUGGAGAAGAGCUACCUGCGGCUCACUGCGCUGCCGCGGGCGGACGAGGCGCGCGGCCCGCCGACACACCAUGUCUCCGCGGUGCGGCCGCUGCCGGUGCUCAACGACGCCUUCGAGCUCGCGAUCCGGCAGGACCUGACGGUGCAACACCUCUCGUCGCUCCCCGCGGCGCAGCGCGCAGAGGGCGGCGUCGGCGUCUCGCCCGAGGACGGGCCACGCGCGCGCUUCGCCCUCGCCGUGUACGAGUACCACGCGCGCCUCGCGCUCGCCGCCGGCGACGAGGGCGAGUUUGCGCAGUGCCAGGCGCAGCUGGUCCCUCUGCACGCGGCGGGGCUGUCGGAGCACGCCGCAGAGUUCGCAGCGUACCGGAUUCUCCAUUGCGCCGCAUCGCGGGCCCCCUCGCUGCCCGACGAGCUCCGCACCGUCGCCCUUGGCCUCGCGCCGCCGGAGCUGGCGGCGCCGCCCGUCGCCCAGGCGAUCGCAGUGGUCACCGCCCUCCAGCGCGGCGACGCGGCCGCGUUUUUCCGCGAGGCUGGCCGCAUGCACAACCGCGGCGACGCGCUAGUCGCGCCUCUGGUGGAGCAGCAGCGCGCGCGCUCGCUGCGCGUCCUCUGCGCCGCCUUCAAGUCGCCGGCGCCCUCCGCGCUCCCGACCCUCCCGCUCCGGCUCGCCGCCGCCGCCCUCGGCUUCGGGGACGACACCGCCGCGUGCGACGCGUGGCUCAAGGGCCAGGCCACGAGUCUCAAGCUGACCGGUGGCGGCGAGAGCGGAGGCGGCGAGAGCGGAGGCGGCGAGAGCGGAGGCGGCGGCGAAGGCAGGGGUGACGGAGGCGGCGGCUGCGGCAAGGCCGAGGUGGCGGGCCCCUCUGCCGGCACCGCUAAGGCUGCCACCGCCAAGGCUGCCAGCUCUCAGGCGUCAGCACCGGCUGCCGACGUGGAGCUCCCCGCCGCGGCGCCGUCCGCCACGGCACCUGUUGAUACCGCCGCUCCUGCCGCCGACACGCUUUCCAACGCCGCCGCUGCCGCCGCCGCUCCAGCCACCGCCGCUCCUGCCGCCGCUCCUGCCGCCGCCCCCGCCGCCACCGCUUCAGCAGCCGCCGCUCUUGCCGCCGCUGUGCCCGCUCCCGCCGAGCCACCCAAGAAGAAGCGGACGGCACGUUCGGAGCGUGCUCCGUACGUACCCCCGGGUGCACGCGCUCGCCAAAAGUAGCUCAUGGUUUUGCCAUUUUGGGGCGCGCGGGGGAUCCCUUCCCCGCGACGCGCGAGAGGCAGCUCGCUGACCCCGCGCGGCGGCGCGCGGGUCCGCGGGGCACCUCAGACCGCUCUCUGUCGAAAAGCCUUUCUUACAAGUCGUAUAUUUCAGUACA